UACAUUUUUUCAGCAAGAUGUACAUCAGUCACGUGUUGUUCGAUAUGGACGGGCUCAUCCUUGACACUGAACCCCUGUAUACCGCAGCAACUGUUCAGGUUGCAGAGAAGCAUGGAUCCCCUGUAGAGUAUACAUGGAACCUCAAGGUUCAGCAGAUGGGUUUACCGAGAAUGGAUCUCGCGAGAAAAGUUAUCUCAGAUCUUCAGCUGCCAAUAUCUCCAGAACAGUAUAUCCGUGAGACCGUAGAGAUACAGGAAACAUUGUUCCCUGGAGCGAAACUUCUUCCAGGAGCUGAGAGAUUGAUAAACCAUCUGGCUGAAUCAGGAGUUCCAAUUGCUCUUGCUACUUCCAGUCCUAGGGAUAGUUAUUUAGUUAAAACUAGAAAUCACCAGGAGCUGUUUAAAAAGUUUCUCCAUGUUGUGAACGGAUCCGACGAUCCUGAGGUGAAGCAUGGUAAACCUAGUCCUGAUAUAUUCCUGGUCUGUUCCUCAAGGUUCUCCAGUCCUCCUUUACACCUGGAGAACUGUCUUGUAUUCGAGGAUAGUCCGGCAGGGGUCAAAGCAGCGCUCAGUGCUGGGAUGAAAUGUGUUAUGGUUCCAGACUCCAGAAUGUUCUCUACCCCGGAAUAUAUUCCUACCGGAGUAACUAAAGUUAUUCCGUCAUUAGAACAAUUCCUCCCAGCGGAAUUUGAACUUCCAGAGUACAAAUCCUGAGUUAGGAUUUAUUAUUUUUUGUUUAGUAUAAUUUUUCUUAUAUGGACUUUUCUACUCAUUUUUUAUAUGAUAUUUAUACUCGUGAAACUAAUGGUGCUUCUGUAUUUUAUGUGAAACAUAUUGCAUUUAUUUGUAUUCGUCUAGUCGGAGUUUAGUCUAAUUGAUAAAAUCAUUUUACAUUUGUUAAGUUUAUAUAAUUUUAGAA